AUGUUGAGUCUAGCUCAAUUAGAGAGUGGUAAUAAGGAAGUACAAAUAACCAAUCAACCUAUAUAUAACUUGAAUGUCAACGAUUAUAGUACAGUUAUAUCUAAUUACGAAUAUGCAACACAGAAUACUUCCCAAGAUGACGAAAAACAUGUUGCUGUGGGAUAUGAUAUAGAUGGUUUCAAAGGUUUUCUCAAUGAAACUAAUUUACAAGGAUUCAAAGGCAAAAUUCAACUUAAUUUAGAUACUAAGAUUGAUUGGAAGAUCAGAACAAAACACUUUAUUGCAAUUGACGACGGUGCCUUUGACUUUGCCAAGACAAACUAUGUAUUUUUGGGUAUGUCAACUAUGUCAGAACUUGUUCGUGCUUACAUGUUCGUUGUAUAUGAUACUAAUAAGCUUGAAUCAGCGGUUGCAGAUAUGAUAUUUGAUAUAACGACAGCAAUAUUUACUGAAUCACAGACCACUAAUCCAACAAUAUGUUCCAAUUGGUAUAGCAAGUACGGUAGAACAGUACUCAAUUUAGAUACUAUUUUACUGGCAACAUUAAUUCAGAAACUACGAUCAAAACUAGAGGGAAAUGUUAAGAUCUUCAUAGAAUGUUACGGAUCUAAGAUAGAAUUCCAAAGCACGAACCUUGUACACCUUCUUGAAGAUUUUUCUAACAGGUGCUUUGAUCUUAGAUAUGGUAAUCUAAUACUGGAUAUUUCAAUUAACACAGUUGUGAAAUCAAACACACGGGAAACAUUAUUUCUUACAAAAGACUCCACAAACGCAAAAAGUAUGGGACUUGAAUCACACUGUCCAUUCUUCAAUAAUUCAAUUAAUAAUGUACAUGGCUGGACAAGUACUUUUACAAAGAAGAAUUCUAAAAUGCAAGCAAAAUUGAAAAUGAGUGACAUACUCAAACUUAACAUCUACAACAAUCAUCCAUUUAAGUUCUUAAACCAGAGAGCAUUCAAGAAUUACACUUUCCCAAAGGCAUUGCUGCACCAUGCAGUGAACAAUAUGUAUGGCAUAAAAUUCCUAAAGACCGUUAGACCACAAAAUCAUCAUAGGAAUAGUUUCAAACAAUUUAUUACCAACGUUAUGAAUACCCAAGGUGCGAAGGCUAAUUUAAGAAUUGAAAUGAGUAUGUUUGCUUCAAAUUCAUAUGAUGCUGUAACUUAUAUGGUUGCACAAAUCAAAGAUGCCAACUACAAAGUAUUUGAUCAAGCUGAAUUAUCAAGAAUGUGUCUGGAUUUUAGCAAUGAAAUAUUGACUCUGGUGGAUGUACCUGAACCCUGCUCCAUAAUUUCUACAAUGCGUGGAAUCAUUGCUGAGACCAUAUUAUUCAAAAUGUUUUACAGAGACAGUCAUAAUUGUGAUUUUAUAACGAAGCAAUUCUAUAAAAAGAUCAUGGGAUUUAAUUCAAAGGAAGAAAUGAUACACUGGUUGAAAAAUGAACUACACAAUGAACAGUAUGAAUACCUACAAGAACAGUUACAACUAGUUUACAGAGGGUGGAAUAAGUUCAACAUAUCUUCACAACUUCAGCAAGGCUUCUGUUCAACACUUUUGAAGGAGGAAAUCAAUAUAUUGAAGUGUAAAGAGAAAUAUUGGGAAGGUGAAGAGUGUAAAUUUGAGAUUCUGGUCUUCAAUAAGUUAAUGGGGCUGAUGGUGGAUCAAUGUGGUUCCAGAAAACAACUUGAACAAUAUAAUUUGGCUGAACCUGACAUCUACCACGUAGGAAUAUUUACAUUUGAUGAUUUGUUUAAUGAAUGGUUCAUCAAACAUAGUCGUGUUGAUNUAUCUUCACAACUUCAGCAAGGCUUCUGUUCAACACUUUUGAAGGAGGAAAUCAAUAUAUUGAAGUGUAAAGAGAAAUAUUGGGAAGGUGAAGAGUGUAAAUUUGAGAUUCUGGUCUUCAAUAAGUUAAUGGGGCUGAUGGUGGAUCAAUGUGGUUCCAGAAAACAACUUGAACAAUAUAAUUUGGCUGAACCUGACAUCUACCACGUAGGAAUAUUUACAUUUGAUGAUUUGUUUAAUGAAUGGUUCAUCAAACAUAGUCGUGUUGAUACGAAGUAUGAAUAUUAUAUAUUCUAUACAUUCUACAAAUACUACUAUGACGUGGAUACACUCGCAAAACGACUUAAAGAAUUAUUCAUGAAUCAUCAAAUACAUACUUUCUAUAAGAAGAAGAAAGGACCAGGAUUAUAUAAGAUCAUUUAUGACUUCUCGCCAGUAUGCACCAGGCUAUCACUUACAAUUGCUGAAAUUAAGGAUCAAUUCAGAAAUUGCCAUAAUUACUCAUUCAAUGAACAUGAUUCGCAUUAUUCAUGGUUAGUAGAUGUCAUAUUUCAUACCUUGGUGAACAAUGAGCAAGGUAUUUUAAUCAAACAGAUGUCUAAGGAGUGCAUUUAUCCGUAUGCUUACUAG